CACAGGCGCAACAGGUGCAGGUGAGCGCUGCUGCAGCCGCGCAGCAACAGCAAACGCAACAGGCUGCCGCUCUAAUGGCAGCUGCGUCAGUAGCCGCAGCCAACUACCAACAUGCCCAUUUGACCCAGCAACAACGCACAGAAGCCAGUGCGGCUGCGGCCGCUGUAGCCGGACUUUCGCUCGAACAAGCGGCCACCCACCACCUGGAUCCCCAUCAAGGCCAUCAGGCGGCUGUGGCUACGCCACCGACACAUCAUAAUCAGCUGCAGGCAGCACCAAUACACAUAACCUCAAUGUCGGCCGUUGCGGCUGCAGCCGCGCAUCAUUUGCGCACUACCGCCACCGCAGCUGUCUCGCAAAUGUCUGCGGCGCCCCAGCCGAUUCUUGUCUCAACAGAAAGACGUGUUUUCCCACCUCACCGUCGCAUUACUCGUUUCUGGCCGGCAAACCAUCCACAUGGACCACACCGGCAUAUGCUUCCACCACAGGCGUUGGGUCCGCACCAAGCGACUCCUGUGCAGAUUCAAACAACAACGGGAAUCAUAAACCCGGGCUUUUUACUUAAUUUCCUAGCUAUGUUCCCGCUCUCGCCAUAUAAUCAGCAUGAGUUGAACUCUCCAGACUCCAAUGAGACGGAAAAUUACGAGGCGUUGCUUAGUUUGGCCGAACGUUUGGGCGAGGCAAAGCCACGUGGCUUGGCGCGGAAUGAAAUCGACCAGUUGCCAAAUUAUAAAUACAAUCCUGAUACUCAUAACGGUGAGUAAAAACAAUUAAAUCGAAUGCAGUGGCUUCGUUUGUGUCUU